AUGGCUGACAAGGAACAGUCCGACACGUCAUUUUCUUCAUCUCAAAAUGCAAACCCGCUGUCUAGGAAGCUUAACAAAAUAUUGGAGACUCGGCUGGACAAUGAUAAAGAAAUGCUUGAAGCACUGAAGGCUUUAUCAGUCUUCUUCAGUGAGAAUAGUUUGCGAACAAGAAGAAAUCUAAGAAGUGAUAUUGAACGCAGGAGUUUAGUGAUAAAUGAAGACUUCCUACAAGUAUUCCAGUCUGUGAAAGAGCAACUGGACAGUGUCUAUAAUGAUGUUAAGUCCAUGAAUGAAUGCUGUCAGGACAUGACAAGCAGACUCAAGGCUGCUAAAGAACAAACACAUGACUUGAUUAAUCAAACUACCAAGUUACAAUCAGAAAGUCAAACUCUGCAAGUUAAGGCCCAGGUGGCAGAUGCAUUUUUAGAGAAAUUCCAACUGAAGCCUGAGGAGGCUACAGCGUUGAGAGGGAGUCGAGAUGGAACAUUACACAUGGACUUCUUCAGGGCAUUGGCUAAAGCAAAAGAAAUUCACAAGCACUGUAAAAUUCUACUAAGGACAAACCAACAGACUGCUGGACUAGAAAUUAUGGAAACUAUGGCUCUCCAUCAGGAAUCUGCAUAUGAACGGCUGUACAGGUGGGCCCAAAAUGAAUGUCGGCUGCUAACAGGUGAUUCUCCCGAUAUGUCAUCAAUGUUGUGCCAGGCUAUGGAAGCCCUUGAAGAUAGACCUGUCCUUUUCAGGUAUACAUUAGAUGAGUUUGGUACUGCCAGGAGGACUGCUGUGGUUCGUGGACUUAUAGAUGCUUUGACAAGGGGAGGUCCUGGAGGAAUGCCCCGCCCCAUAGAAUUGCACUCACAUGACCCCACUAGGUAUGUAGGGGACAUGCUGGCAUGGCUUCAUCAAGCAGCAGCAUCAGAGAAGGAACACCUCCAGUCCCUGCUGAAGAAAUGUCAAUCCAACGAAGAACAGGUGCAGGAUAUUUUGGGUCAUAUUACAGAAGGGGUGUGUCGUCCAUUCAAGGUGAGAGUUGAACAGGUGUUAGUAUCAGAACAGGAUGCUGUCACUCUCUACAAACUACACAAUCUCCUCAAGUUCUAUCACAACACGAUCAGUCAGAUCAUUUGUAAGGAAGCAGCCUUGCUGAAUACUGUAUCGGAGAUCCAGGACCUCAGUCACAGAAUGUUCUUCAAUAGCCUCAACUGUAAUGCCAACAAACUCCUUGAUAAGGUGGAGUUACCUCCUUCUGAUCUUGGUCCUACAAGCUCUUUGAAUCAGACGUUGCAGUUGUUGAAAGAUGUACUUGCUUGUCAUGAUGCAUCUGUUGUUGCUAUAGAUGACAAGAAACAAGACUACAAACAGAUCCUGUCUUGUGUGAUUGACCCGCUGGUUCAGAUGUGCUCUGUCUCUGCCAGUCGUCUUAACUCAACUGACAUGGCUGCCUAUAUGGCCAACUGUAUAUACUUGAUGCAGACUACAUUGGCUUUGUACGAGUUCACCGACACAAGACUUGAGAUGCUUCAGGCUCAGGUUGAUGCCCAGAUAGAUACCCUGGUCAGUGAACAGGCCUCCUUUGUACUCAAUAAGGUCGGUCUGGCCAUUGUGUACGGGACAGUCCAACAGCAUCAACCUAAACAGGGCCCUUUGUCCUCCCAGCCUGAUUUGGACGGACCAUCACUCAAAUCUGCCAUGUCAAAGUUUGAUAGUUACAUGGCCUCUCCCGACUCCCUAGUGCUUCCUCAGAGCAGACUCCUACUAAGUGGACGAGUCAGAGAAAAGGUCAAAAAGAAUUCAUCUGAUUUGAUUUGUGCUGCGUACAAACAGAUUUACGAUGCCAUCUGUAACCCAGCAAAUGAAUAUAAGGACUCAUCCAGCAUAGUACCACGCACACCAGACCAAGUCGUCCGAUUGAUAUCAUGAUUAUAAUCAUCAGGAAAAACAUCUUGAGGAGAUUAAUGGAAAUGACUAUGAAAUGAUGUGUGAAUGAUUCAUACAUUUUGUUGGUGAUGUUCUGUAUGUUUGUUUGUAAAUGUUUCAUGUGGAGUAUAGCUGUGAUAUUUAAUAUAUAAAAUAAAUACCUAUAAAGAUACACGGUAAGUUGGAUAAUGUGAAUUAAGGAGGUCACGAUAAUCUUUGAUAAAAUAAAGA